AUGCAAAAUGGCCUGGGCAAAGGAUUUCGUGUGACCUCAUGGAUUUGGACCACCAGAGGUGUGCUCGGUGAUAACUCUGAUGCAUUGCUGAACGAUGCUGUGUGUGUUGAGUGGGCAAAAGCAUGUGCUCGCUCCUUGAGGUGGUCAGAAGAGGUUCUGUUACUCAAGGAAGAAAUGCGACGAGUUCGCCAGUAUUUAGGCUGGCGAGCACAAUGGUGGCUAGACCAUCAUGACAAAGGUAUUGUUGAGGGUGCACGUGCAUAUGCAUAUCGUCAGUCUGCAAUUCAGCAUGCACUGCUCUAUGGGAGGCUCAAUCCGCAUUUAACCAAAGUCACAAAUUUUCACGUGGAUGGAGCAGAGGAGGACAAGGACAAGGUAGAUGAUGUAGACUGA